AUGAAAACUUGUAUAACGUAUGGUAUGCUUGAAAACUGUGGAAUCCAAAGCGCGAACGAAGACACUGAAUCGAACCCUACUGGAGAUAAAAGAACAACACCGAAUUCAUGGCCAUGGCUGGUUCGGUUGGUUACAACAGACUCUGAAGGAAACGAAAAUUAUUGGUGCAGUGGGACGCUGGUUUCACGGGAAUGGAUCGUUAUCGCAGCUCACUGCUUUACAGAUAACGGCUGGGUUGUUGUUUCUGGACGGCUAUCUACUCCAGAGGAAACCAUUGGUACAACACUUUACGCUUAUUUGGGCAACCAUCGCCAAAGCGUUGAUCACGGUACAGAUGAGAAACACUUGAUCAAAACGGUGUUUAUUAAUACCUACUAUGAGGCUUUUGAAAGCGAUAAGGGUAAUGAUAUGGCGUUACUGCAAUUAGCAAAACCUGCAGAAUUGCGAAAGGAAGUCAACUAUGCUUGCGUAGCGAGACAGCAUAUUGAAUUUGAAAACGGCACCCAAUGCUACGCUGUUGGUUGGGGGCAGAUGCCGAGCAACAUUGAAAGUAACACGAAAAUCAACUCACAUGCCAUUUCCCAUGGUCCGUUUAACACAACUGACAUAAACGCCGAUAACCAGCUUCUGUCUAUAUCCAAUACAUCUGAGUCAGUUGAGCUGCAGGAGGUCAUUAUGCCUAUAAUGAGUGCAAGCAAAUGUCUUGAGUACUAUGGGAAGCAUCAAACAGAAUCGCAAUUUUGCGCGGGUUGGAGGUUGAAGGAUUCGUGUGAACGUGACUGUAGAAGUGCACUUUAUUGCAAGAUUCCGUACACAAACAAGUGGCUGCUGGCGGGUGUGAGAAACUACGGCACGGAAACUGAAUACAGACCAGGUACUGGAAUAUAUACUUCGGCAAUUACAAGAAAUGAGUGGAUAUGGUCACGGAUAGGGAAUUUGCCGAUAUAA